UGAAAACAAAAACGGGUUUGGGAUCCUCCGCUAAAACCUCUAAAACCAGGGUUUUACACUCCUCCAUUUUCCAUUUUCUCCUCCUUCCGAAUCUCCGGUGAGCCAAAAUGACCAAAUUCAGGAAAUUGAAUCGUCCGACGGGACAUCGGAUGUCCAUGCUCAGGACAAUGGUGUCACAAUUAGUGAAGCACGAGCGGAUUGAAACCACCGUUGCUAAGGCAAAGGAAGUUAGAAGAUUGGCCGACAAUAUGGUUCAGCUUGGAAAGGAGGGAAGUCUAUCUGCUGCAAGACAGGCAGCUGCCUUUGUGCGUGGUGAUGCUGUCAUUCAUAAGCUCUUUACUGAAUUGGCUUACAGAUACAAAGAUAGAGCUGGUGGAUACACCAGAAUGCUCCGCACUCGCAUUCGAGUAGGUGAUGCUGCACCGAUGGCCUAUAUAGAGUUUAUUGAUAGAGAAAAUGAACUUAGACAAUCCAAACCACCAAAUCCUCAACCUCCACAGAGACCAGCCAUGGAUCCCUGGACAAGAUCUCGGCUUAGCCGGCAGUUUGCACCACCUAAGGAGGAGAAAAUCUCUGACUCUGAUAGUUAAUAUGAGUUUUUCUUCUUCUUCUGGGAAGUGCAUUCUAGAUGAUUGUUUUGUCUUAUCAAUUCAUAAUGAUAAUAUCUGUUUUUUACAUGUUUGGAGCCUAUAUCUUCAGUGUAACGAAAAUAAUAUUUCAUUCAAUAGCGCUUGCCAUGGUGGUUGGUAAAUUGAACUGGUUUUAAGUUUCUGUACUUUCCAGCCUGCCUUGUAUACACUAGUUGAUCAAUACAUCUGAAUCAUACAGAA